CUUUCUUUAUAGAAACGUGACAAGACUCGUGUAGUUACUUACAGGUGCCCCAGUAACUGUGCAGUUCAAGUGUACAAUUAUAUAGAGAAGACAGCCCGGGUUGUGUUUGGUCCUGAUCUUGUAGUACUGGAUCCACAUGAGAACUUUAAUGUCCUCAGUUUGAGUGCUGGUAAACCAAAGAAGGAGAAUGCCUUGAAGACUAUUUGUCUCAUGCUUGGUCCUGAUUUCAUAUCUGAUCAUAUUACAGUAGAGACAUCAGAUCAUGCUCGUCUUAAGAUUGCUGUAUCAAUGAACAAUGAAUUCAGAGUUGAGAGAGGUAACCCAGAGAGUGAGGCUAUGCUGUUCAGUGUUCCAGACUUCAUUGGAUUUGCUUGCAGAGAAGUUGCUAGUAAAGUAAGAGGGAAAGUAGCCUCCAUACCAUUUGAACAGUUCCACAAGCAUUCAGCUGAUAUUAUAACUGCUGCUGUGUUUGGUAAGAAUGCUGAUGGAGAAGUUAAUGAAGAAGUGAUAUUUACUGCUAAUAACCUGGUGAUCACUAAUAUUGAUAUUCAAAGUAUUGAACCAAUUGAUCAUCAUAUGAGGGACUCUCUAUCUAAAUCUGUGCAAAUGGCAAUUGAAAUAUCUACAAAGUCAAUAGAGAGGUCAGCACAGCAUGAGGCACAGAGAACUGAACAAAAAGCAAAAGGAGAACUAGAGAGACAAAAACUACAAAAUGAAAAGGAGGCAGAGGAGGCAAGGAAGGAGUUGUUAGAGUUACAAGCAGUAGCAGCUGCUGUUGAGAGCACUGGACAAGCUAAAGCAGAAGCACAAGCUCAAGCUGAGAGGCUUCUCAUUGAAGGACAAAGUGCUAUUGAAUUGGCUAAAUUAAAAGCAGAAGCAACAAGAAUUGAAAUGGAGGCUGAACUUACUUGUCAAACUAAAAUGCAAGAGGCUGAGGUUCAGUUCUUGAGGGAACAGAAUGAACUACAAAUAAAGAGAGCUAAAGACCUCAGCAACAUUGAAGUGUCUAAGUUCAGUACAUUGGUUAGUUCUAUGGGUAAACAGACUAUAUCCCGUAUUGCUAAAGCUGGACCAGAAUCAAAGGCUCGUUUGUUACAGAGUCUUGGUAUACAGUCUGUUCUCAUUACUGAUGGUAAAACUCCAAUUAAUAUGAUUGGGAACCAGACAGGUGGCUAUGCUACGACAUAUGCUCCUUAGAAAACUCUUUGGGGAGGAAUAUUAAUAUUAUUAUUAUUAUUAUUUGUGUUAGUCAUUAGUAUUUUUAGCUGGAUUUAUAUAGUUUUCAGAGAUAUUAUAUAUUAUUUUCUAUUGUA